CUCCACUACCACAAAAGUGAAUUGCAUGGGCUGUUGAGUACACCGGUCAGCAAAGUUGUGGAGGGAACCUACGUCAGACUCAAUACUCUGAAUCAUACCUAGUAGGUAGGUAGAUAGUACGAAGAGUAACUUGAGUUUUAUCUUUUAUGGACGUUAAAAGCUUACCGAUACGGUCAAAAGAUACGUUCAAAGCUAUAAUACAAUUCUUGGAACAACCAUCUAGGAAGCCCCUUUUUGUAUAAACCUUUUACUGUCGCUCAAAUUGUAGAAUAUCAAGUACGAAACAUCUUCUCUAAGAAACACAUUGAUUGACUCUUUAUCCCUCGCCCCCCAAUUGAAAUGGCAGCUCUAUCUCAUCCUCAGCCCCAGAUCCAACGGUUUCCCGUCACCUCAGACGGUGCUGCCGUAUACAAAGCCCUCGCAGAUGACGGGGUCGUCAUAAUCGAGGGAUUCCUAUCUCCUGAGCAAGUAACCAAGCUAAAUAGAGACGUCGAUGCCCCACUGAUCUCAAUGAGAGAGGAUGGGAAGAUUUCGAAGCCUCCAAAAGAAGGCCAGUCGACCUACUGGAUGGCAGAUAUUGUCCCACAGUAUGUACAGCGGGUGCAUAAUCUUGUAGGCUUCAGCAAGGUCUUCCGCCACGAGAUACUCAAUCAUGAGUUAAUGCACGAGCUUUGCCGUUUGGCCUUCGAAGUCUCCGGCGACUAUUGGCUGGGAUACGGGGCUGUUAUGGAAAAUGGCCCUGGCACACAUGAGCAAUCCUGGCAUCGAGAUCAGCCAAACUACCCAUUGCUUCGAUCCGGUCCUGGGACCGCUGAGGGAAUGCUCAAUUUCUUCACGGCCUUGACCGACUUCACCCCCGAAAAUGGAAGGACACAGUACAUCUGGGGCAGCCACAAGUUAGUCGAAAUAGGCGAGCCCGACGCCGAGCAUCCAGUCGUGUUUUCCGACCUCAAAGCCGGUGACACUGCGGUACUGAGUGGCAAGAUAGUUCAUCGUGGCAGUUUAAACGCGACACUUGACACUUAUCGCAGAGCUCUAGCACUUAUAAUCAUACCAGGGGUCCUAACACCAUUCGAUGCGACUUGUCAACUACCUCGGCGUGUAGUUGAGACCAUGACGCCAUUAGCACAAAGGAUGGUUGGUAGGCGAAGUGUGAGAGUUUCUCCGCCUUCUGCGAUUGGGAUUUGGUGUUUGAACAUGAGAGAAGUCGGCGAGCAGAUGGGUUUGAAAUCUAAUCAGCCUGAUGAGGAGGGAGAGGAAGAAUAAGUGGAUAGUGCUUCUCCCGUAUCAUCCAUUUUGAAAGACUCGACUUAGCGACAACUGUUCUUAGCAUAUAUGUAUAGUCCCUACAACCCCGAUGCAAUGGUUAAGACAAGCCGUUCCUAUAGGUAUUUUGCUUCAUAUAUACCUAGGGUUUUUAGUCUUCCGUUUCUUAACAACUUGGAACUUAGAACACUUUAAAGCUAGCAUCUCUCUAAGAGGACACAUUAUAGCUAUUGAUACUAAAGAUCGAGAUUUAUAAGGUUUGUUACAUGAACUUGGUUGGAAAUGACUGCUGGAUCACGUAGCUUCAGUCGGGUUAUUUAAUCAUUGGCCUAAGUAAAGCUUGAUUCUCGAGAUAAUGGUCACAAAUGUCCCUCUAAGAAGCAGGAAACUCCAUUUCCCAGCGAACAAACUACAUUCCCC